AGCGCCUAUGGAGUCUGACAGAUUUUUGCUGCCCUCGGUUUUUGGUUUCAGCCUAGCACUCUGAGCCGAAGAGGUUUUCACAUCUUACUCUGCUCCACACCCAGGGCGUCGCACCCUGUCGGCCCGUUGGUGCAGCCGGAGCCCGCUUGAGGGACACGGCUGGGAUGGAGAGUCCGAGACUGGGGGACGAUGGAGCUGCCCCCUUCGUCACCUCCAGUGGGAGCCUAGUCCCAGACCCGCCGUGUGACCUCCGCAAGGAAAAUGUUGUUCUGGGAUCCGAAAGAGUAGAAGAUGAAAAACAAAUGGUGAUACAAAGCAGCAGUGAGUGUAAUCUCCUGCUACAAGAACCCAUUGCUUCAGCUCAGUUUGGUGGUGCUGAAAUGACAGAAUGCUGUAAGUCUGUCCCAUGUGGUUGGAAAAGAGUUGUGAAGCAAAGGUUAUCUGGAAAAACAGCAGGAAAAUAUGAUGUAUAUUUUAUCAGCCCACAAGGACUGAAGUUCAGAUCCAAAAGUUCACUUGCUAAUUAUCUUCACAAAAAUGAAGAGACGUCUCUUAAGCCAGAGGAUUUUGAUUUUACUGUACUUUCUAAAAGGGGCAGAAAAUCAAGAGAUAAAGACUGCAGCAUGGCAGCUCUGACAUCCCAACUGCAAAAUGAAAGUAGCAUUUCAAACUGGAACCUCAGGACAAGAAGCGGGUGGAAAAAAGAUGUGUUUCCUCUGCCAAGUGGUAGUUUGGAAUUGCAAGAUAGCAGAGAAUUAUCUAACUUUACUUCCAUGCAUUUGCUUUUGAAAGAAGGUGAGAGCGUUAAUGAUGUUGAAUCCAGAAAGGUUAAAAAGUCCAUAGGGAAGAUGACUACUUUGAAAGGAAUUCGAAUUAAGAAAACUAAAACAGGGUUCCGGAAGAGUCUUCCAGAUUCUGUUCAAAGUAAUAGGAAAAGAGAAUCUGUGUAUAAUAAGGCAGAUGCUGAAAGCGAACCUGUGGCACAAAAAAGUCAGCUUGAUGUCACUUCUGAUGUCAGAGCAAGCAACAAGGCCCUCAAUAUGACCAAUGAAGAAAAGAAAUUUGUAAAAGAAAAAUUGUGUUCAGGAUCAAAUUUUAGUUUUGAACAAAUAACUUUUGGCAUCAUAAACAAAUUAUGUUCAACCAAAGAAGCUGAACACAAGAAGUAUGAGGAUACUUUUUUAGAAUCUGAGGAAAUAACAAAAUUACAAGUUGGGGAAAGGAAGGAACAUUUGCAUAUUGAUAGUUUAAAAUGUGACUCUGAAAUGGACAACAACUACUCACAAACUGAGAAAGACUCCACUUCUGUGAAAAUAUGUCAAGAAAACACCAUCCCACGGACACAAGUAGAGAAAAGGAAAACAAGUCUAUAUUUUUCCAGCAAAUAUAACAAAGAAGCUCUUAGCCCCCCACGACGCAAAGCCUUUAAGAAGUGGACACCUCCUCGAUCACCUUUUAAUCUUGUCCAAGAAACACUUUUUCAUGAUCCAUGGAAGCUCCUCAUAGCGACUAUAUUUCUCAAUCGGACCUCAGGUAAAAUGGCAAUCCCUGUGCUUUGGGAGUUUCUGGAAAAGUAUCCUUCAGCUGAGGUAGCAAGAACUGCAGACUGGAGAGAUGUGUCAGAACUUCUUAAACCUCUUGGUCUCUACGAACUUCGAGCAAAAACCAUUAUCAAGUUCUCAGAUGAAUAUCUUACGAAGCAGUGGAGAUACCCGAUUGAACUUCAUGGGAUUGGCAAAUAUGGCAAUGACUCCUACAGAAUUUUUUGCAUCAAUGAAUGGAAGCAGGUGCACCCUGAAGACCAUAAGUUAAAUAAAUAUCAUGACUGGCUUUGGGAAAAUCAUGAAAAAUUAAGUCUGUGUUAAGACUAAAGUUUUCAAACUCGUUUUUUAUAUACAUCUCUCUGAUUCUUCAGAGCUCCAUUAAAUCAAGCAACUACUUUUCCAGAUGUAUAGAUUUUAAUCAACCCAAAUAGAAACCUAAUUAUAUUUUCUUAAUGUGUAUGCCAUAUAGAUCUUUGCUAUUGAAUGUGCUGUAACGUUUUGAGAUUUCUUUAAAAAAAAAUUGUGAUUUGUCCAGCGGGUGUAGCUCAGUGGUUG